AAAUGUUGUACAUUGACUCGUGUGUCAAUCCUUUAAUUCCGUUCUGGAUUAUCAAUCGAUUAAACAUUUAUCCAAAACCUAUACACAUUCAAUCAAAGAUGGCUCGAAUGGUGUAUCAAACCCUAAUCCGCUCAUCAUCAUCAUCUUCCUCGUACUCAUUCAUGUGUAUGUCACCCAGAAUCUUAACCACUCACAGACACGGAUCUAAUCAAUCAGGAAAACAGCCCCAACUAAUAGAGGUGGAUCUUGAUUCAUCAUCAUCAUCUCAAAAUGAAGAUGCUGAGGUUCUGGGGAUAAAGAAGCUAGAGGAUGUGAUUCACAACAUUAUUGUGAAAAGAUCAGCGCCUGAUUGGUUACCUUUCAUUCCUGGUUCGUCUUAUUGGGUUCCCCCUCCGCGCACUCGUCGUCGUAAUCAGGGUGUUGUUGAUAUUCUGGGGAAGCUCAGCCAUUCUCAUCCUCAUCCUCCUGCUGCUGGAUUGUCUCAUGAAGAGUCGCUGUCUUUGUCUACCUUUCAUGGUUGGCCUUCCUCCUCUUUCUAUUUCUUUCAAGAAAAUUCUUUGACACGUCCAGUUCCAGUGGAGAUGAAAGCAGAGGUGGCAAUCGAAAAGGAUUCAGAUAAAGAACCACAAUCUGAGGAUGAGGAAUGACGGAAGAAUGUUCUGAUAGAGCUGAUAAUGGGGACGUCUCACCUUUGUAGAUAUUCUGAAAUUUGCAAAAUGGAAUAUGAAUGAGGUGGGUCAGAUAAAGAAAGCAUCAACGGAAUUGUUGUACAGCUGUAACCUUGGUAUUUGAUGCUCCAGGAGCUCGUUUUUCACGUUUAUUAUGUAGUCAUAUACUUUUUUUAAUUUAUAUAAGUAAAUUAAUAAGAAAAUUAUGUUGUAUUUUGUAGGUUAAGUUGAUGCUCCUAAUAAUUGGAGUAGUCACAUGGCAUAUGCAUAAUCUGUAUUAAUUUCCAUCGGUUUUAAUUCUCAUGAUCAAUACAGGUUGUUUAUAGUGGAUUUGAUGUUACAUGUGUAGAAUUUACUAUUUAGUGUAUAUAACAGUUUUGUAGAAUUUAAUUCUUAUGGGCUGCCAGUUGUUCUUUAA